AUGUCGGCGCCGUCUAGCCAUGGCCGUCCUUCUGGAGACUCGGACCGCUGGACGGCUUCGUCGAACACUUACAUUGCCAGCAACGCGGGCGCGUAUACCGACAAUGGCGAGGGAAGCUCCUCGCCACGGCGGAGCCAGGAUUCACGACCCAGCAACGGUGCCCCCCACGGCCUGGGAAUAGCCAUGAUGAGCAGCGACAACGAUGACUCUGCUCAGCGCAAGCAGCGCCCACGACGAAGUGGCGGCUUCCUCCUCGACUCGACCUUUCCUAGCGGCCCUCGACAGCGCCAUGGCCAUCGCGAUGCUCAUGGCGGCGACGACUCGAAAGGCAAGCGCAACUCGCGACACCAGGUAACGCACGAGAAUAAGCGAAGUUCCGCGCUGGGCGCAUCUCGAGAACACCACGGCGACAACAUAAACAUGGACAGGACUAGGCGGAGCGUACACCAGAUGCCGUCUGCAAGCCACGACAGAGACCCUUCGCCCCGGACAGAGCCAGCGCGGCAGGCUAUCGACCCCACCCACCUCGUACACAUGGCCCUUAACCUCAGCGAGAGCCGGCGCAGAAACAUUAGUACCGGCCAGCUUCUCGCAUCUCAGCCGCGCGCUGCAUCGGGGUCGCAACGUGAAGGUAGCUUUGCCAAUUAUGCUGCUGGCGGCAGUCUAAGACACUAUCUCAACGAGCAACGACGAGUCUCGAGGAACAUAUCACCAAUGGGCGGCAGAGGCUCCCCUUCGCGGCACAUGUCUACGUCCAUGCAGGGGAGCGGUUCGAUGGCGUUUCCAGGCCCACAGUCUAUCAAUCCAUCUGCUUCUACGCUUGCGCGAGUAAACAAGGCCAAGGCAUAUAUCGAGCUUCAAAUGGAGUAUCUGCGCCUACUGGAUUUCCUCCCACCCCUAAAGCCCGACGCCAAUGCUCCAGGUAACUUCAUCUUCACGUCAAGCAGCUCCCCAGGCAGUCCCCAAGCGCAUCUCACCCGUACUCCAUCACACGCCGGCAGACAGCACGAUCUCGGCCGGGCCUACAACCCCCUACAGUUCAUCCGUAAUCGCCGUAUUAGAGCUCGCGAGCGUGUGGUUCUGGAUCACCCCCCAGAAGAGUUCGAGAACAUUCAGCAGGUGCGCGAUUGGGUUGACCAGGUUGAGCAGCAUGCCAAACGUGUUGGGUACCGUCGAAAUGAUACCGUGCAUUUGCCCAAGAUUCAAGACCAUGAAGUCGCCGCUCCACCCAGUAAGCCCCCAAGGCCGCACAAGGGCUGGUUCUUCACCCCAGAAGAACUGCUUGCGGAUGCGCACUGGCUGGAGCAGGGCGAUAACAAGACACUUGUGGAAAACCGGCGUGGCCAAAAACUGUUUCCGCCCAAGGAGGCACAGCCUAGAGAUUCCUUCCAAGUGCGUACUAGCAAAGAAUUCGGUGACAAGCGAGGAAAGAGCUGGGCUGAUGCAUUGCCUGCCAUCGCACUUGAUCAUACAACGGGUGAUGAGAGUGACAAAGCAAGUGAGCGCGGACGCAAGCGAAGGUUGCUUCCAGGGCUUCGCACGGAUAGCCCCAGGGGCGGGAAGCACUCCAGAAGAGGUUCAAGGUUACGGAACCAUGACGAGCCUGAUAGCUCUGGUUCAGAGUCUGAUACAAAGAAGCGCAAGAUCCGUGUGGCUACAGAUCCGGAACACAACACCGGGCCGCUUGCUCUGCUUCUGGAGCAGCAGGCCAAAGAGUUCCAAGCCAAGUCACCAUUGGUUAUGUCGCCCAACACACCCGACAAGUGGGGCCGUAACGGAGACGUCGCAAUGGAUGACAGGCCUACUCGGGACUCACUAGAUGUCCCGCGGUUUUCAAAUGGUUUCUCGUAUCUCAAGGACCACGGCAAUUUCAAGAUUUCGCCUACACCACGCAAACCUUUAAAUCUAUCCAGCGACGAUGCCGAGCCACGGUCUUCACAUGAGCAGCAAGACAGUACUGCUCCAAACACACCCCUUACCAAACGGUUCCCAUACAUUGGCAGCGAAGCCUCGCCACCACAAAGCCGAUCCAAUUCGCAGACGAGAAAACCUAAGAGACACAAGUUUAACAAUAUUUUCCACCCGCACGACCACAGUGAGGAAAGCCAGCAUGAGGGACGACCAGGCUCCUCUGGCACAGAUAGGAAGGGAAAAUCUCAUCAAAAUAAUGGGGAGACUGCGGAUGACAAACCCAUUGGAACAGCGAUACUGGCCGCGCCAGGUGCUGUAAUGAACCUCCUGGGCCAUCGGAAAAACGACAGUGUCAGUAGUUUGCCCAGCCCGGAUAAGCUACGUCGCAGAGAGGCCCAGGAGCCACAGUCUGCUGUUACACGAUUCUUCAAGGGCGUCAGGCAUGAGGGCACAAAAGUUGGGGAUAUCAUCUUCAGACGUGAUCGAGCGGACGAUUCUGAUUCGGAAACCAUGUCUGACAACUCGGUAGAGUUUGACGAUGACAAUGGCUCUACUCGAGCUAAACAGAGCAAACGACCAUCGAUAGCCCGUACAAAUACAGGAGGCACAGAGGGCAGCAGAAUUUCUUUCCACAAGGACCGUAGCCGUCUCGACCUCCCAUCGUUCCGCCCUAUUCACGUCAUUGAUAAUGAAGAUUCCGAUGAAGAACAUCACAUUUCGCGUCAGAAUCGAGACCUGAAGGGCAGCCGUUCUCCUCGCAUUGAUCGACUUCUGCCCCCACGUAUGGAUCUAAGCGCCAUAUCCGAUCGUUCUUCUCAGGGCUCUCUCACUCUCGGCCCAAACAACAGUCAAGAACGACUUGAAGAAUCACUUGCCAAUCGUAGUGAUACAGGCGGUCUCCCUGCUGCUGGCCUGAGGAAUUUGCAAGACAGGAAAGCCAGUGGUUCGAGACCAGGAAUGAGCGGAAGACAUUGGAGCAUUGCCGACGGCGAUGAUCAAACCAUUGACCGUAAGACUAAUGCAGACAUCAUCACACAAGCAGACAUUGCUCGUGUUCGCGCAUUGUUCCUCUGCUCUGGUGUCAAAGCGAACGAAAUCGUGCGCCGCGCCCACGCUACACGAAACCCACCUCCUGAAUUCCUCGUACGCGCAGCUGCUUUGACAAACAUGAAAUUGUAUCCCGUUCCGCGCACGCAAGAACACGUUUUGGCUGCACGCAUAUUAGUCAAAGACCUCGAAGCUUCUACUAAAGCUUUGCAAUCAACUCUCGAAACCUUCCGUAACAAGGCUAUCCAGCAGCUGACGAGGCAAAUAUCUACCUUGCAAUCGACUGUGGAUUCAGAUCUUAUGCCUCGUAUCUUGGAAGGCGGCGACAAAGCUGUGCGUGUCACGAGCGAAGUAUCCGGCCAGGGAUCACUCCAAGUCAAGCAAAUCACUGACGAGAUUGACCGCAUGAUCAGAGCACGGAAGCGCCGAAUGAGAUGGAUGCGAGGCUUUGGCUGGAUGCUAAAGGUGUUUGUCGCCCAAGGCAGCUCGAGCAUUCAUGCUCAGUCGUCCAAGGGUCCGUCUUCAUUUGCGGCACUUGCUGCGGCAUUUGUCCCUACAGCCGUGGUUGCCAUUCUAUACGUAGUCAUCUUCAUCUUCAUCAGGCCGAGCUUCCCCAAGAUUUACUCUCCAAGAACGUACAUUGGAACCGUUGAAGAAAAGCAUCGUACGCCAUGUAAAAAAUCACCGGGUUACUUUGACUGGGUUCACACUUACCGGACACUCCCCGAUAAGUUUGUUCUAUAUCAUCAGUCGCUCGAUUCGUACUUAUUUCUUCGCUUCCUGCGGACAUUGAUUUUCAUCUGCGUUGUUGGCGCCGCCAUUACCUGGCCUAUUCUUAUGCCGGCGAACUGGACAGGUGGUGGCAGGUCAAAGGAGCUGAAUCGCCUUGGUAUUGGCAAUGUCAAGGACAAGAACCACUUGUACGCUCAUGCUGUCGUUGCUUGGGUUUUCUUCAGCCUCGUCAUGUUCACGGUUGCGCGCGAAAGACUAUGGCUCAUAGGGUUGCGACAAGCGUGGAACCUGUCGAAGACCAACGCAAAGAGACUGUCCUCACGUACUGUUCUUUACCUCUCAGCACCUACUGCGGCUCUCGAUGAAGCCAACAUGCAGCGAUUCUUUGGCGAGGAUGCAGUCAGAAUUUGGCCAGUUACCAAGGGCGAUAAGCUUGUAUCCCUGGUUUCUGAAAGAGACUCGAAAGUUGAGAAGCUAGAGAGUGCUGAGCUGUCGUUUGUUCUGAACAUCAACAAGGAAGUCAACAAAAGUCACAAUGGCAACAUCAAAUACGAGCAGCUGCCGAAGCAGAUGACAAAGUCACUAAGGCCAACCCACAAAUCAAAGACACCAGUUGUUGGUAAGGAGGUUGACAGCAUCAGCUACUAUCGAGAUCAGAUCAAGGAGAAAGAGGAUGAAGUACAGAAAGCUCGUGAAUCGAACGAGACCGCUGGGAAUCUUGGCGGAGCAGCGGCAGUAUUCGUCGAGUUCCGCACACAGCCUGCAGCCCAGCGAGCAUACCAACAAAUUGCAUCCGCUGACAUUCUUUCUCUUACACCUCGAUUUGUAGGGACCGUGCCUAGCGAGAUCGUUUGGUCUAAUCUGGUGCUGCCACCCGCCCGCCGUAUAUCACAAAGCGGUAUCGCACUAUCUCUGGUCAUCGCCACCAUUGUAUUCUGGUCCAUUCCUGUGUCUAUUGUUGGUGCUAUCUCCAAUAUACAGUAUUUGGCAGAAAACUUCAAAUGGCUUGCAUUCCUCAACAAACUACCGCCUUCCCUCAUGAGCCUUCUGAGCGGCCUGAUUCCCCCGUUGUUGCUGAGCGCUCUGGCCAGAUGGGUGCCAGAUAUCUUCAGAUAUAUUUUCACGACUUUCGGAGACCCUACGAAAUCUGUGAUUGAACUCAAGGUGCUGAAAUGGCACUAUGUCUUUCAAGUACUUCAAGUCUUCCUUAUCACCACGCUAUCGUCUGGAGCUGCUGCGGUAGCAUCUCAAAUUGCACAAGAUCCAAGCUCAGUACCUCAACUUUUGGCAGAGCGUCUUCCUAGGGCAUCAAAUACCUACCUUACGUAUUUUGUCGUGCAGGCAUUGACAAAUGCCCCCAGCAACGUCUUGAACUACUCUGACGUCCUUUUCUACAUCUUCUACGACAAUUUCAUUGAUAAGACACCUCGCCAAAAGUACAAGACUCACACGACAUUGAGAGGCAUGGCUUGGGGCAAGCUGUUUCCAAAGUAUGUCAACUUUGUGAUUAUUGCAAUUGCAUACUCUUGCAUCGCUCCUCUUGUGCUUGGCUUUGCUGCCAUCGGCCUCACAAUUUUCUACUGGAGCUACCGAUACCAACUGCUUUACACUGUGCAGCCAAAGAUCGAUACCAAAGGACAUGCCUACACGCUUUCUCUUCAGCACAUUCUCACGGGAAUCUACAUUGCCGAGCUUUGCCUCAUUGGCAUCUUUAGCUUGCACAAUGCCAGGGGUCCUUUGUUCAUGCUUGUGCUACUACUUAUUGCCACGGCCAUAUUCAACUACACCACCAAUCGCUACUUUGCUCCACUCGAGCAGUACCUUCCCGCAGACCUUGCUCUCGAAUCGGAAGACGAUGAACAGUCACCCCUACUCUCCUCAGCAGAAGAAGGCGAGUCAGAUGCGUUGCAACAUGCAGAGUCAAGAGUUGCUCGUUUAAGCGAACGAACGCGUGUGCCAUCAAACGUUAUCUCGCCCUUUGCACGCUUCUUACAGCCACACGUGUUCGCCAGUCAUACCGCGAUGAAAAGCUGGGUCCGUGAUGGCGAUUUUGACGACGAAGAACCAGAGUAUAGCGACGAUGAUGUCAAAAAGGCGUACCUCCAUCCAGCUUAUUCGAGCAAGCCGCCGGUUGUUUGGCUGGCGAAAGAUGCUAUUGGCGUGAGUAAGAAGGAGAUUAGCGAGAAUGAGAAUGUGGGAUUGAAGGCUAGUGAUGAGGGUGCGUGGGUCACAGGGGAUGGCAAGGUGAAGUGGGCUGUGGAUAACUUUGAGGAGGUGCCUAUUUUCAAAAAGGAUAUCAAAUGGUAG